CCCCGGGUCCGCCCCUGCCCGCCAUGCUGGUGCGGCUUCUGCUGCGGACGGUCGGCGCUCGGCCCGGGCUCCGCUCGGUUCUCCCCGCGCUGCGGCCCGCCCCCGGCCCGGGGCGCAGUUUCAGGUAUGGGGGGGGCCGCCCGGGGCUGGCCAGCCCCCCUUGCCUGCCCCCCAGCCCCACGCCACCAGCCCCACGCUGCCUGCUCCUGGUCGGCCCUGCUGCAGGCUGUGUGGUGCUUGGCUUGCUGGGCACAGCCGCACGCUGCCAGGAGGCCACUGUCCCCGCUGUCCCUGAGCCCGCGCAGCCCCGGCCAGAGCCCACCUUUGACUGGUCGGUGUUCUGGACCUUCCUGCGUCCCCAGAUCCUGGCCCUCUCUGCAGCAGUGGUGCUGGCUCUGGGCGCAGCCCUGCUCAACGUCCACAUCCCGGUGCUGCUGGGGCAGCUGGUGAACGUGGUGGCCCACUGCACCCGCGGCCACAUCUCCAGUUACCUGCAGGAGGUCCGGCACCCAGCCCUGCGCCUGCUCACUGUCUACUGCCUGCAGGGGCUGCUGACCUUCGGGUACAUUGCACUGCUGGCACGGGUCGGGGAGCAGGUGGCUGGCAGCAUGCGCAAGGCGCUCUUCACAUCCCUGCUGCAGCAGGACGUGGCGUUCUUCGAUGCCAACCGGACGGGGCAGCUGGUGAACCGGCUGACGGCCGACAUCCAGGAAUUCAAGUCUUCCUUCAAGCUGGCCAUCUCGCAGGGCCUGCGCAGCAGCACGCAGACAGCCGGCUGCUUCGUCUCACUCUACCUGCUCUCACCGAAGCUCACCGGCCUCCUGCUCGUGGCGCUGCCCGUGCUGGUGGCUGCCGGGGCCCUCAUCGGCGCCUUCCUCCGCAGCCUCUCCCGCAGGGCACAGGAGCAGGUGGCCAAGGCCACCGGGGUGGCAGAUGAGGCACUGGGAAACGUCCGGACUGUGCGCGCCUUCGCCAUGGAGGACCGGCAGGCAGGGCUGUACUGCGCCGAGGUGGACCGUGCUGGCUGGCUGAAUGAGCGGCUGGGGCUGGGCAUCGCCGCCUUCCAAGGGCUCUCCAACCUGGCACUCAAUGGCAUCGUCCUGGGAACCAUCUUCGUGGGUGGCUCCUUGAUGGCCGGGGAUGAGCUCUCGCCGGGGGACCUCAUGUCCUUCCUGGUGGCCUCGCAGACGGUGCAAAGGUCAAUGGCCAACAUGUCCAUCCUGCUGGGGCAGGUGGUGCGAGGGCUGAGCGCCGGUGCCCGUGUCUUUGAGCUGCUGACACUGGAGCCCAGCGUGGCACUGCGGGGCGGGAAAUCCAUCCCCAGCCACUCCUUGCUCGGCCGCAUCUGCUUCCACCAUGUCUCCUUCAGCUAUCCCACUCGCCCUGGCUACCUGGUCCUGCAGGACUUCACCCUCACCCUGCCGCCCUGCAAGACUGUGGCCAUCGUGGGACCAUCUGGAGGAGGGAAGUCCACAGUGGCAGCACUGCUGGAGCGGUUCUACGAGCCCACACAGGGCACCAUCACCCUAGACGGCCAUGACAUCUCUUCCCUGGACCCCUCCUGGCUGCGAGGGCAGGUCAUCGGCUUCAUCAGCCAGGAGCCGGUGCUCUUUGGAACAACCAUCAUGGAGAACAUCCGCUUCGGGAAGCCAGGAGCUUCUGAUGCUGAGGUGUACGCUGCGGCACGGCUCGCCAACGCUGACGACUUCAUCCGCAGCUUUCCUGAGGGCUACAACACCGUUGUGGGCGAGCGUGGCGUGGCACUCUCGGGGGGUCAGAAGCAGCGCGUCGCCAUUGCCCGGGCCCUGCUGAAGGACCCUGCUGUCCUCAUCCUGGACGAGGCCACAAGCGCGCUGGAUGCCCAGUCGGAGAAGGUGGUGCAGGAGGCGCUGGACCGCGCCGCCUCGGGCCGCACCGUGCUGCUCAUCGCCCACCGCCUCAGCACCAUCCGCGGGGCAGACCUCAUCGUGGUGCUGGCGCAGGGACGGGUGGCCGAGGCAGGGACCCAUGAGGAGCUGUUGCGACGGGGUGGGCUCUAUGCUGAGCUCAUCCGCAGGCAGACAAAGGACAAGUCCUGAGUGUGGGGCAGAGCCCGGGGGGGUCACACCUGAACCCGGUGUUGCCCCCCUGGUGCUCUCCAAUAAACCAGGGGUGGAAAGUG